AUGCGGGUGGUGGCUGAUGAGGAGGACAUGCUGCCGUCCACGCCGGGGAAGGUGAAGAUCGAGCGUGCGGGCACGAUGAGCCGGCAGCUGCACCGGUGCUUCGCGUCCACGGGGACCAUGUUCCUGUGGGCGCUCUUCCUGGUAGCCAUGACCGCCACAUACCUCAGCUUCCAUUCCUUCGUCGACACCUCGUCGCGCUACUUUGCCGCGUCCUGGGGCGGGCUGCACUGGGAGCGCCAGAUCCGCGCGUCGGCAUCGCCACGCCGGCCGCCAGGGUCGGCGGAGGGCGCCGGCCUGUCCGUGCUGGUGACCGGCGCCGCCGGGUUCGUGGGCACGCACUGCUCGCUGGCCCUACGGAAGCGCGGCGACGGCGUCGUGGGCAUUGACAACUUCAACAAGUACUACGACCCGUCGCUCAAGAAGGCCCGGCGCGCGCUGCUGGCGUCGCACGGCGUGUUCGUGGUGGAGGGCGACAUCAACGACGGCCGCCUCCUCACCAAGCUCUUCGACGUGGUGCCCUUCACCCACGUCCUCCACCUCGCCGCCCAGGCCGGGGUCCGGUACGCCAUGGAGAACCCGGCGUCGUACGUGCACUCCAACAUCGCCGGCCUCGUGUCCCUCCUCGAGGCCUGCAAGGACGCCGACCCGCAGCCGGCCGUCGUCUGGGCGUCCAGCUCCUCCGUGUACGGCCUCAAUGACGCCGUGCCAUUCUCGGAGGCGCACCGCACGGACCGUCCCGCUUCGCUCUACGCCGCCACCAAGAAGGCCGGCGAGGAGAUCACCCACACCUACAACCACAUCUACGGCCUAUCCGUCACCGGCCUCCGCUUCUUCACCGUGUACGGUCCCUGGGGCCGCCCCGACAUGGCGUACUUCUCAUUCACCCGCAACAUCCUCCAGGGGAAGCCCAUCACCGUGUACCGUGGCAAGGACCAUGUCGACCUCGCACGGGAUUUCACAUACAUCGACGACAUCGUGCGCGGGUGCCUGUCGUCGCUCGACACGGCGGGCCGGAGCACGGGGACGGGAGGGAGGAAGCGUGGGCCGGCGCCGUACAGGAUCUUCAACCUGGGGAACACGGCGCCGGUGACGGUGCCGACGCUGGUGUCCAUCCUGGAGCGGUACCUCCGGGUUAAGGCGAAGAAGAACGUGGUGGAGAUGCCGGGGAACGGGGACGUGCCCUUCACGCACGCCAACAUCAGCCUCGCGCGGGAGCAGCUCGAGUACAAGCCCACGACGAGCCUGGAGAUGGGGCUCAAGAAGUUCGUCAGAUGGUACCUCUCGUAUUACGGAUACAACCGGGGAACACACACCUUCAACAACUUGUGA